AUGGAGAUAUCUACUUCCGUCACCAUUUCCGUAUGUCACGCGCGCUAUUUUUGCAUAUCGCGAAUACAUUGGCGGCACGGGAAGAGUACUUCAGAGAAGGGUUCGACAGCUGUUGGCCGUCCUAGCCACACGACGCUCAGAAAUGUACUGCGGCGAUCCGUCAGCUUGCUACUGGACAAACGGCGGAUUCGUUCGACGAAUACCUGCACGACUGGAAGACUUUGUUUGCUGAAAUUCUGCAAAGGCGUCCGAGCAGCCUUCACCGACGAAUUUCUGAAGAAGCCAACCACCACAAAUUGCCAGUUUCUGCUCCAACUUCACGAACAAGCACACGGCGAAGUUCUGAAUGGUAAAGCACCGGUCAUCAACUUCAUCGCUAACAAUCGCCAGUAUAAAAUGGGGUACUAUCUUGCCGAUGACAUCUAUCUGUGGCCAACCUUCGUGAAGACGUUCAACAGGCCUGCGAACGAAAAACAGGCUCUUUUUGCGCAAAAGCAAGAGGCUGCUCGCAAGGAUGUGGAGUGA